AAAUAUCGAUUGUAUUGCGAUUAUUAUGUCAUUUGCAAUCAACACACACGUGUGGAAUUUAUUUGGUUUCAGAAUUUUAAAUUCUGGAUAGUUUUUAAAAAUGCCUAAAGUUAAAGUAAUUAGUAGAAGUGCUGAUAAUUAUUUACGUGAAACUAAAAAUGAUAUUCAUAAACUGCCGCGUAACUAUGAUCCAGCCUUACAUCCAUUCGCCGUAAAUCGUGAAUAUCAACGGGCAUUAAAUUCGGUUAAACUAGAUAAAAUUUUCGCUAAACCAUUCAUCGGAUCAUUGGACGGGCAUUCAGAUUCCGUACAAAAAUUAACCAAACAUCCUAACAAAUUAUCCGUACUAUUUUCGGCUGCCUGUAAUGGUGAAGUUAAAAUCUGGAAUCUAACCAAUUGUCAUUGUAUGCGAACAAUCAAAGCUCAUAAUAGUAUUGUCCGUAAUGUUUGCAUACCACAGCAUGGAAAAUAUUUCUUCUCAGUUGAUGAUAGUCAAACCAUAAAACAAUGGAAUCUCUCAUGGCUUAAUAAUGAUGAACAAGUAUUCGAAAUGGAUUCAGAACGGCAAUGUCAAUUAAUGCAGAUGGCCGAUACACCGAUCAAUACGAUAUUGACUAAGAAUCCUGUAUAUUUUAUCGAUAAUCAUCGACAGAAACCAUAUCUAAUAACAUGUGGUCAAGGUGUAGAAUUGUGGGAAGAGAAUCGAACACAGCCUUUAAAAUCCUGGUCAUGGGGUAUCGAUACAGUUAAUCAUAUUCGUUUUAAUCCGAUUGAAAAUGAUAUCGCUGUUGCUUCAUCAACUGAUCGAAGUUUAAUCCUAUACGAUAUUCGUAAAUCACAACCAGCUCGUAAAGUAGUUAUGGCUAUGCGUUCGAAUGCUAUUUGUUGGAAUCCAAUGGAAGCAUUCAUUUUUACCGUUGCUAAUGAAGAUUAUGAUUUGCAUACUUUUGAUAUGCGAAAACUCAAAUUUCCUCUGCAAGUCCAUAAGGAUCAUAUAUCGGCUGUUAUAUCGUUAGAUUACUCACCUACUGGCCGUGAAUUUGUAUCUGCCGGUUAUGAUAAAACAAUACGGAUAUUUGGUUCACGUGAACGUCGUAGUCGUGAAGUCUAUCACACAAAACGAAUGCAACGAUUAACCGAUGUUGCCUGGUCACUAGAUGCCCGUUACAUAUUGAGUAGUUCCGAUGAAAUGGACAUACGGAUAUGGAAGGCAAAUGCAUCAGAAAAAUUGGGAUUUAAAGCGCCUCGUGAGCUUAGCAAUUUUCGUUAUCAAGAUAAAUUGAAAGAAAAAUUUGGCCAAUUCCCAGAAAUUCGUCGUAUCGCUCGUUUUCGUCACGUGCCAAAACAUAUCUAUCAUGGUCGAAAAGAAAUGCAGGAGAUUAUUGCUGCUAAAAAACGAAAGGAAGCAAAUCGAUUACGACAUAGUAAACCUGGUCAACAACCAGAACGAGUACUCGCAGUUAAAAAACAAAUUGUUCGUGUUGAACAUUAAACAUUUUAUAUAUUUUCAAAUUUUUUUUUUGUAAUAAAAAUUUUUAUUUGCAUAAAUAAAUUUAAAUUUCUAAUUGAUGAUCAUAAAUCAAUCAAUCGAUUGUCCACAAUCGAUAUCUUCUGGCGCUAUUUAUUUUAAUAAAAUUUACUUGUUGUUUUGUA